AUGCUUUUCUUCAGCUUCUUCAAGACUCUCACCAACCAGACCGUCACCAUCGAGCUCAAGAAUGACAUCCGCAUCCGUGGAAUCCUGAAGUCGGUCGAUCAGUACCUCAACAUCAAGCUCGACGAUGUCGAGGUGUUGGACUUGGCACAGUACCCGCACCUGUCAUCAGUGAAGAACAUGUUCAUUCGUGGCAGCGUGGUGCGCUACGUGAUGCUCCCACGGUCGGAGGUUGACGUGGGGCUACUGGAGGACGCUACACGGCGGGAGGCUGCCAACCAAGCCGGCAAGGCCCGGUAA